CUCGCCUACCACUUGAAACUAUUGGAUCGAUCCGUUCGAUAGAUCAGUGGAGAGGGGAAGAAGGAAAGGAAGGAGCUCGGCGAUCGUCGUGGUGAUCAGGUAAGGAUGACGGAGGCGGUGGUGUAGAAGAAGACGGGGAUGACGAGCGUGUGGGAGAUGCCGCUCCUCCAGGAUGGACCGCCGCCGGGCGGAUUCCCGCCCGUGCGGUGCGCCCGGCGCAUCCCCAUCAAGGGCCCCAGCGCCGCCUCCAUCUUCCUCGUCGCCCUUGGCGCCUUCUCUUGCGGAAUGUACCAGGUCGACCAGGGUAAUCGCAUCCGCCGAGCCAUACUACCAAUGCUUCAAGCUGAGAAGAUGAAAGGUUUGUGAAGGAGUGGAAGAAAUAUUUGGAAGAGGAGGCCAGGAUUAUGAAAGAUGUUCCUGGAUGGAAGGUAGGAGAGAGUGUGUAUAACUCUGGAAGGUGGAUGACUCCAGCAACAGGUGAGCUGCGACCGGACGUCCGGCGAUUUCAAGAUUCAGCUACCAUGAGAUCUAUGUAAGUUUGGGUGUGUUUGCAUACCUUCAAACUUUGCUCCAAACUUAUUUGGUCCUGUUAAACCACAUAUGCAUCUUAAACUCAUACCAAUUAUAUAGCAUUGUGAUUUGGAUUUGAUGAUA